AUCGUCCUCAUGGCCGUUGCUGAAAGAUGAACUCCCUGAAUAUCCUGUCAUCCCGAGUGAUAGGACAGGUUCCCAGUUCUACUACACGGAAUCGCUCUCACUCACAGAGCGAGGCAUCUCCAACCCAUCUCCGGAACGAUUUAGCAAAGACUCGUUCGUACAGCGAACAGCAGUUUCAGUACACCCUACCCAAGGACGAGAAAGACCCAUAUACACACGAAUCGCUAGUACCAGAAUACUCGUACGAUGGCUCGAUAGAAUACGACGAAAAGUCACCACUGAUCCACCAGUUGCAGAAGACCGGUGCAGUUCCCGGGCCAAACCGGUUCUUCUUGAUCGCCCAGAAGCUCUUCGAUGCAAUCUACGAGACAAUCCAGACUAUCCUUUCGGCAAUCGCAGCACCAGGCGUCUAUAUUGCGCAAACAUUUCGAGAUGAUGAUGGUCACUAUUCACCCAUUGUUCCUUUUCGCAAAGUAACGCGAUACGUAGCGCUUCGCAAUAGGGAGAGCGAGAAUUCGAGACCCAAAAAGACUGCAUCCUCCCAUCGACUUAAGGGAGAGUCCGAAAAGUCGGGUUCCAGACGAAACGGCGCCUCGGCCCGCAGACUGAGAAGCUCGCCUUCUCAAUCAUCAAUCGCAUCAUCUACCUCAGAAUCCGACGGUGAUCGUGACCGCAGAUCAAGCACUGACAAAGAAACCCGCGGCAACAAGAAUAGGUUGUCGGAAAAAGAUUACCUCUCAACAGAUAGCAAUAACAAUACUCCAAGGAGGUCCAUUCGCAUUAAACUACAUAACGAUGAGUCUCUGAAGCGGCAAAAGAAGCGGUCUCAACCGGCUGAUGUGCGACAAGAUUCAGCAGCUGGUGAGAGUCCUUCUUCAGGCGCACUCAUCACAGCAGAAAGUCUGAAAUCGCCAAUUUCGCAAUCUGCGUCUCAUCACCGAUUAACCAAAUACCCUCAUGCGCCUGCUCCUCCGCGGCCAUUGGUCCCUCUUCGACAGCCUUCUUAUACUAUGCGAACAACUGGGCGUCAAGCAGCUACCAGAGUUCCGCAGAAAACCCUUGUUCUCGAUCUGGAUGAGACACUUAUUCAUUCUCUGGCCAAAGGUGGUCGCAUGUCCAGCGGUCACAUGGUCGAAGUCAAACUAGCAGCUCCUGUAUCAGUAGCCGGAGAGACGACCCCUGCAGUUGGUCCUCAGCACCCCAUUCUUUACUACGUACACAAGCGACCCCAUUGCGACGAGUUUCUACGCAAAGUAUGCAAAUGGUAUAGACUCGUUAUCUUUACAGCGAGUGUCCAGGAAUACGCCGACCCAGUCAUUGACUGGCUUGAGCAAGAGCGCAAGUUCUUCCAGGCUCGUUAUUACAGGCAGCACUGCACUCUGCGUCAUGACGCAUUUAUCAAGGACUUGAGCUCUGUGGAACCAGACUUGAGUAAAGUCAUGAUCCUGGACAAUAGCCCGACGAGCUACAUUUUUCACGAAGAUAAUGCCAUCCCCAUCAAAGGCUGGAUAAGUGAUCCCACUGAUAGUGGUUUACUCAAUCUUAUCCCCAUGCUCGAAGCACUACAGUAUGUGACCGACGUUCGCGCAUUCCUAGCAUUGCGAAGAGGUGAAGCCGAGUCAUAGCCUCAUCCACCGGGUCUAUACAUUUGUCUUUACACUCUAUAUCCAUUUCUCUUCUUCCCGUUUAGAUCUCAUUCCUCGGAUCGCUCCACUGUUCCGUCUCCAAAAAGAAUAAGGAAUAUGAUAUAAACAAACGCCUCCUUUUUACUCUUAUAAAUGCAUUUAUUCAUGUUCUUUUCCUGCUUAGCAUUGUGUUGCUCUGUUUUAUUUUAUUUUAUUUAUUUUUUUUUGU